AUGACUGAGGUGGCGCAGGUGGCAGCUGUAGAUGCCCACGACGUGGAAGAUAAAGAAAGCGAUGUGACAGCCAAUGACGUCGAGGGUAGAGGUGAGAGAGCAUCCACAGAAGAUAAAAAACCUCGUCGCAGGAAUGAAACAGCGAGCAAUGAGACCGACAAGACACACGUGAACGGCUUGGAGCACAAAGAAAAGAAAAAUGAGAGCUCGGGAGAUGUUAAUGGUGUUUCACAGAAGGAGGAGGACGAGGAGGAGGAAGAGCCUGAAACAAAUGAAGACCAGAACAUUUCUGAUGUGGCAUUCAAAAAAGAGAAACUCCUCAGAUCCAGAAAGCCGGUGGCAAGAAGCUACGUGCCAAAGCUCAACAAAGACAAGGAGAACGUGACGAGCAAAUUUGAGGCCAUGCAGAAGGCCAGGGAGGAGCGCAGCAGGCAGAGGAACAGGGAGGAGCAGCAGAAGAGGAAGGAGCAAUACGUCAAGGAGAGAGAGUGGCAUCGCAGGAAGCAGCAGGUCAAAGACUGAUAACCCCACUAACCUCCCACUGUGAUCUGCAUGGCAUGAUGAGG